AUGAACCAUGAAACAAGUCAUAACACCGCCUCCGACGAGCGACAAAAACGCAAAGCCGCUGAUACUCUAAUCGGUGAUGACGACGGUGUUAACCACUCUCAACCACAGCUCUUGUAUGCAUCACAAACAAUAAACAUACAACAACAACAACAACCAUCUGCUUCAAACGGUGAACCUUCCAUUGCUUGUUGUCAAUGUGUUAAUUGUAAAUGUGGAUGGCAUGAGGCCAUGACGACGAAGGCGACCACAACCGAGGGGGUUGAUCUUGAUUCUCUUCCUAUUGGGUACCGGUUUGUCCCUACUGAUGAAGAACUUAUUAUAGAUUAUCUUGAGAAGAAGAUCAAGAAUGAGUAUCUUCCGAAGACCAAGAUUAGUGAUGCUGAUAUAUAUGAAUAUCACCCAAAGGAUUUACUAGAGGAGUACCCGCAAGCCAUAGAAUAUGGAUGGUUCUUUUUCACGCCAAGAAGCAGGAAGUAUCCAAAUGGUUACCGGCCAGACCGACAAACUGGUUCCGGUUAUUGGAAAGCCACAGGUCCUGAUAGAAUUAUCAAAGCGAAUGACAAAACAAUCGGUCGAAGGAAGUCGUUGGUUUAUCAUGAAGGGCGUCCACCACACGGGAUUAAAACAAAGUGGAAGAUGCAUGAAUAUGUGACCGAAGGUUAUGUAAGAACCCGAUUAAACUCGAAUGACAAUAAGCUUGAUGAUUAUGUUCUUUGUAAGAUCUAUAUCAAUGGUCGUGUAGUAGCCGCUAAUAAUCUGGAUGAAAAUGCCACAACUAACGUUCGGGUGGAAAACGAGCAAGCUUUGGUUCCUCAACAUGCGUGUGUGGUCUCUAAUCAAGUCAAAAACGACGUGAUGGUACAAAAUUAUCAAACUAUGGGAUCUCUCUAUGACCAAAUGCCAUCUUACUUGAGGUCUCACUAUUCUUCAACAAGAUUUAACCAUGAAUACUCAUUGCAGCGUUCAUAUGUUGCACCGACACCUCAGCAGCCUCCUACUCCUCGUGGGCAGGUGCAUGCGGUGAUGUAUCAAUCUGGGUCGACUAGCAACCCAGUGCCACCACAGGUCGCACCGCCUUUUCAAGAAGGCGGUGCUUGUGACACUGGUCGCCUUUUAAGAGAAAGCAUUGAGCGCACGUAUGCGCUCAAUGGAAACGAUGAUUUUUUUGGCGGUAAUUAUGGGUUCGAGUUUGAUAAUGAACACAUAGAUGUUGAUGAAUGGAAGAAACAUAUAUGAAGUAGCAAAGGUUGAAGAGUCUAGGUGUUAAUGGAGAAUGGUGGUCAUAGGUUUUACUUAUGUAGAUAUUAGAUUACUUUUUAUUUGAGUCUUAUGAACUUAUUUUAAUUGUUUGGUGUCUUAAAAACUUAAACCUCUUAUCAGUAGAA